AUGGAUGCGCUCGCAGGGUACGGAUCGGAUGACAGCGACGUCGAAGAGCGCGUCUUCACAAAGCCCGCACAGCCCGCGUCGACAACGCCGGCAGAGCCUCUGGAGUACGACCCGUCGGACGCGUUUGGUCUCAACUCGCUCCGGUCGAACGAGACACCAACGCAAGAAUCGCCUGCUCAGCAUGCAGGCACCAACAGCCGUGGUGCGCGCUCGACGAACAAGAAGAGCGCAUCCUCGGGCGCGGCAGGCCCAGCAUCUGCUCCUUCGACGUCGGCCUCGUCCUCGGUGGGCACGGUAGCGCUAGCCCCCGACGUGAUCGACAACUCUUCGGCUGCCGAAGCGCUGCUGCUUCGUCCGGACGACAGCACGAUGCACGUCAACAUCCGGUACUCCGACAUGACGGCGGCGCAGCUUGGGCCGGAGAACCCAUUCGCGUCGCACGCACAGCGUCACCUCGGCGCGCAGCAGAACACGCUUACGGGCCACGUCGAGACAGCCGCCGUGUCGGACUUUGACUUUCGCAACCAGCAGCGCACGUUCCACGUGUACGGAUAUGCGCGCGAUCCGUCGCUGCUCGCGUCAGGCGAGGCGCAGUACAUCGGCGACCAGGCUGCGGCGGCGAGCAUGGGCGGUGCAUCGGCGGCAGACAUCCGUGCGAACCAUGCGAGCUUUCGACCGGCCACCAAGUCGCUCCGUAAGAAGCGGGGGGCUGGGGCGGGCGAUGCGAGCAUUGUCGAGGGCGAUGGGGCGUAUGUUGGGCCAUGGGCCAAGUGGCAGGGCGAUGAGGAUGUAGCCACGCAGCUGCUGGGCGGUGUCAGCGGUGUGGGGCCUAGCGAGGCGGAGGUGGCGGCGGCACAGGCGAAGGCGGACGAGCGCGCGAGGGAUAAGGCGGCAGCAGCGAGCGCGAGGAAGCAGGCGGAGGAGGUGGAGACGGUGACCGAGACGAGCAUCUUCCACGGCAAGAGCAGGUACGACUACCAGGGGCGCACGUACAUGCACGUUCCCACGGAUGUGGAUGUGAACCUCUCCGGCGAGGCAGGCGAGCAGGAGUGCUACCUGCCCAAGACGUGCAUCCACACCUUCCGUGGGCACACCAAGGGCGUAUCGACGAUCAAGCUUUUGCCGCGCACGGGGCAUUUGCUGCUCUCGGCGUCGCUGGAUAAUACGGUGAAGCUGUGGGAUGUGUACCACGACCGCGAAUGUUUGCGCACGUUCAUGGGGCAUAGUAAGGCGGUUCGGGAUAUUGCCUUCUCCAACGACGGCAGGCGGUUCUUGUCCGCGGGCUACGAUAGGCAGGUCAAGUUGUGGGACACCGAGACGGGCGCGUGUCUCGACAGCUUCACCAACGGCAAGACGGCGUACUGCGUGACGUUCCAUCCGGACGAGGAUAAGCAGCAUAUCUUCCUGGCGGGGAUGAGCGACAAGAAGGUGAUCCAGUGGGAUACGAAUACGCACACGGUGACGCAAGAGUACACGUCGCAUCUGGGACCAGUGAAUACGGUGACGUUCGUGGAUCAAAACAGACGGUUUGUUACGACCUCGGACGACAAGACGAUGCGCGGGUGGGACUUUGAUAUCCCCGUGGUGAUCAAGUACAUCGCCGACCCGAGCAUGCACUCCAUGCCUGCGGUGACCGUCUCUCCCAGCGCCAAGUGGAUGGCAGCACAGAGUAUGGAUAACCAGAUCCUGACUUUCGCCACGGACGGGUUCAAGCAGAACCGCAAAAAGGUCUUCCGGGGUCACAAUGUGGCCGGAUUUGCGUGUCAGGUGGGAUUCAGCCCGGACGGAAAGUUCCUCAGCUCCGGCGAUGCCGAUGGCAACCUGUGCUUUUGGGACUGGAAGUCGACGAGGCUGCUCAAGCGGAUCCGGAAUGCGCAUAGCGAGGCCGUGAUUGCGCAUGCCUGGUUGCCGCACGAAUCGAGCAAGAUCGUCACCGCCAGCUGGGACGGCGAUAUCAAGCUGUGGGACUAG